CAGCCCACGUUGAGUAGGGAAACUAUAUAUUAAUCUACCGGUGAAAAGAAGUUCUUCAGUUUUAGUGUAGCAGUGUCUUCAAACUAAUCAGUGACAUUAUAAAAAUACAGAAUGAAAAUACUUUACGCUUUAGCGGCAUUUUUGCUGCUCCACACCUGUAGCGUUCAGGUUACAGCUUGGGACUGGGAAAGUGAUAAGAAACCAGAAGCACCGAAACAAGUUGAAGAACAAAGUAAUUUAGAAUAUGAAAUACAAGGAUCGUCAAGCGACUACUCUGAACAAGCUGUACAAUACAACAAUACUGAACAAAUCGAGAAAAUCGUUGACAACAUUCUGGUAUCGACCAGAGAAGGCAGAAAUUUAGAAGGAUACGACGAGGUAUACAGUGACCCCAACGUACAAGAAGCUAUUCAAAAGGGCGAUGAUGGAGAAGCACGAAACAUAAUCAAAGAAAGGCUUUGCAAUUUGGGAUUGAUGCAAUGUGACGAAGGAGUCGAAGGAAAACGUCCCUAUAUCUCCCCAGAAGAACUUAUCUAUGCACAACCCGUGGCUAUUAAUCCGGUCGGUCAACCGAUCCCAACAAUUCCAGUAAAAGGCGGACGCGGCUAUUACGGCCCACCAAAACCUAUGCCAUAUCCCGGAAAAUUCGGUCCCCCUGGCCCAAAUAAAUUCGGACCCCCACCACCAAAAUUCGGGCCACCACCAACUAAAUUCGGUCCACCAUCUCCACCCAAUAAGUUUGGGCCUGGACCAACUAAUUUUGCUCCUAACAAGCCCCCAAGACGUGGAUACGGACCACCACCUGUAGGCAAACCCAUUUACAGUAAACCACCUUUCGAAACUUAUGAUGAUGGCCAUGAAUUUGUUAAGCCCGGAAGCUUCGACGACAUCCCUUACGAAUUCGACCCCAGCAGUUUGAACUCUUUUAUCCAAAAGGACAAAGUAAUUAUUGGAGAUAAAAAAGAAAAGGUAGAACAUAUCCACCAUCAUUACCAUCACAAUCUGGAAGGAAGCAACAAGGCACCUACUGUAAUCGUCAACCCCGUACCAGUUGCCGCUGCGGCUGCCGCAUCAGCUUCUGAAGCAGUUUUAAAUUCGCAAUCUAGUUUUGGAAGUUUUGGAACAAACGCCGUUCAUCACACCCAAACAUCAGCAUUUAAUCCAGCUACAAGCCCAGGAUUGGGAGGAGCCCCAUUAGAGCAAUCAAGCUUUUCCGGCUCCAGUGGAUUUACCGGCAUAAACACCGGCUUCAGCAGUGUAAAACCAGGAUUAACAAUCGGCGGAUCAGGCUUCAACAGUUUCAGUGGAUCGGGACUUAAUGGCGGUUCUUAUGGUGGCCAAUCUAUAGCCAACUAUGGAAGCUCAGUAGGAGGUGGACUUGGAUCAUUCCAACAAUCUGUCAAACCUGUAACUGAAAACUUUGGGGCCCAAUCAUUCGGAGGAAACAGUUUUGGAGCAUCUGUGGGAUCAUAUGGAUCUUCCGGACUGUACAAAAAGGAAUUGAGUUUGAGUUCCGGUAACUCAAAUUAUUUGCAAUCUAGCUACGCCGAUAAAUACCAAGGCUUGGAAUCAGCUCGGGCAGAAAACUACGAUUGUGUUUGCGUCCCAUAUGAUCAAUGUCCUUCGCAUGACGUGAUAGGCCGUAAAGAUGAUUUACUUCUGCCUCUGGAUCCUAGAAAUUUGAAGAGCGACAUUGCUGCUGAGGAAGAGCGUGUGAUCACAGAUGGUAAUGGUACUAUGUCUGUCAUCCGAGUUCCUAAAGAUGUUAGCAAAAAUACGACUGUUACUGUGGAAGAGAAAUCUGAAGAGAAGAAAAUUAGCAAGCGUGAAGCUCCAGUGCAAAAGAAGGAAGAAAAAGCUGAAGCUCGACAAUCUUACGGAUCAUAUAACAACAAGAAAAUUAAACCCACUUUUGGUGUGUCUUUCGGAUUACCCCAACAAGGAGGCGGUGGAUAUCCAAUAAACCCUUAUGGUCCAAAUCCUUUUGUCAAUCCUUACGGAAAUUCUAUCGGAGGUGCCGGUAUAAAUCUCGGUCUUGUUUCUGUAAACCCCCUUAUUUCUGUCCAAGUAGAAAAAGACGAUUACGGUGAAAAAAUCGUUAAGCCAUUCGUUAAUUUGCAUGUCACUCCGAAUAAUUAUCUUGUAAACAAGUUUGAAGAUUUGCUUCACUACAAAAAGGCUGUUGUCUUCAAUAAGCAUAAACACUAUCACUUGCACAAACCCAGUUAUCAUCCCUAUGAACAUUACGGUCAUGGACCCGAGGUAUAUCGUGAACCUUCAGAUUUUCAUGGGCCAAUUUCUCAUGAUUAUCACGGACCACCUGAACAUGAUUUUCACGGGCCAAUUCCUCAUGAUUUUCAUGGACCACCGGGACCUAUUCAUGAUUCUUUCGGACCUUCAGGUCCGGUAGGCCCCUCAGGACCACCAGAACAUUUUGAUCACCACGGUCUUAGUUUCCACGACCAUCCCGCACCUCAUGAUCAUCAUGGGCCACCAAACUUUUACGUUGAUGAUGGUCAUCACGGUCAUUAUGGUCAUUCCUCCCAUGCAGGUCAUUAUUAUGAUGAUCCCCUUAACUAUGGUGGUUAUGGUGGUUACGGAGACUACUAUUCGGGUAGAUCAUAUGAUAAUGGAACUAAUAAUUAUGUCGAUGGUAAUAGUGUACUACAACAAAUUCAAGACCUUUAUAAUAAAGGUACCAAUUAUUAUGGUGGUCAAAAUCAAAUUCAAUUUGAAGGUGAAAAAGCACGCUCUGAUAGAAUUUCAACUACACGAGGUGGUAAAAGUCUUGGAUCAUAUCAUUCAAGUAAUCAAAUAAAGUUUCCCUCAAAUAGAAAAAGACGAGACAUUACUGAAGACGAACCUAAACAGUCGAAAUCUGUUAAGCGUCAAGCAUUUUACGGUAAUACUUUUGGAAGACCUCAAACAUGUGGACCCAGACAUGUUUGCUGUAAAAGACCAUAUAGACCAAACAUUCCUGCUCCAAGUGCAAACUUAAGAGGACAAUGCGGUACCAGACAUUCACAGGGCAUCAAUGGCCGCAUCAAGAAUCCAGUCUAUGUUGACGGAGACAGUGAAUUUGGAGAAUACCCAUGGCAAGUUGCAAUCUUAAAGAAAGAUCCCAAAGAAAGCGUGUACGUUUGUGGUGGUACACUGAUCGACUCCCUUCACAUCAUUACUGCAGCUCACUGCGUUAAAAGUUACACCCCUUAUGACUUGAGAGUUCGUCUUGGUGAAUGGGACGUAAACCACGAUGUGGAAUUCUAUCCGUACAUCGAAAGAGAUGUUUCGCUGGUCCAGGUCCAUCCUGAAUUCUACGCUGGAACGCUUUACAACGACUUGGCUGUUCUACGAAUGGACAAACCGGUAGACUGGACCAAACACCCACACAUCAGCCCCGCCUGUUUGCCAAAUCCACACGACGACUACACAGGCACAAGAUGUUGGACCACCGGUUGGGGAAAAGAUGCUUUUGGAGACUUCGGCAAAUACCAAAACAUUCUUAAGGAGGUCGAUGUGCCAAUUAUUAAUCACGGCAUUUGUGAGAGACAAAUGAAACAAACCAGACUGGGAUACGACUUCCAGUUGCACCCAGGAUUUAUUUGCGCCGGUGGCGAAGAAGGCAAAGAUGCAUGCAAAGGAGACGGAGGUGGUCCGAUGGUUUGUGAACGUGGAGGUACCUGGCAAGUGGUUGGUGUUGUCAGUUGGGGUAUUGGCUGUGGUCAACCAGGCGUUCCUGGAGUGUACGUUAAAGUUGCUCACUAUCUCGACUGGAUCAGGCAAAUCACUCAGCGAUAUUAGAUAGUUUGUGAUUGUCGCGAUUAUUAGGAGUACUUAAUUUAUGUAUAGAUUUAGGUUUUAACUUAUUUUUGUACAGUUAUUAUAGGAUACUGAUGUGAUAGAGUCAAUUUUAUGUAAAUUAUUUGCUUAUGUUUUAUUUAUA